AUGGCUCGAAAAGGACAAGUUACCAUACAGGAGACUGUAGAAACUAAUGAGGAGUUAGAAGAAGUUCUUCAUGCCAACCUCGAUAAAUUAAUUUGUAUGGAGGUAUACUCAGAUUUCUGUGGACACUGUCUAGCAACUGGCAACGCUAUAAGAAAAGGAAAGUUAGAAAUUGGUCAAGACCGAAUUGUUAUGGUUAAGGCCCUGGCAGAUAACAUAGAUGUGCUAUCCAGAUUCAAAAAUAAGAGUGAACCGACGUUUCUCUUCAUAUCGAAAGGCAAACUAAUAAGAGCAAUGUUUGGUGCCAACGGGUUAGAACUGUGUCGAAUUAUUGAAGAAGAAAUGGGGCUCAUGCAGAAAGAAAUAGAAACAGGUAUAGAGCGGCCAAAACAAGAAAUUUAUGAACUUUUACCUGAAGAAGCUGCAAAAAUCGAAGAAGAUGUAAAAUUGGAAGUAGAAUAUCGUGAAGCAGCAGAAAGACUUCGCGUUUUGACUGUAGCUGCUAGAAAGAAACGCAUUUGUGAACGUCUGUCUAGACACGUGAAACGUUUAAAUUUCAUUUUAUACUGGCCUCAUUGCCACAAAGCCCAUCUGGAUUUGUAUGAAAAGUGGGACUUGAUAAAUGUUCAAGUGGCAGCAAAGGAUUCAAUCCAAAUGACAGAGGAAGGUGUGAAGGAAGCUCUGUACAUGAGCGAUGUGGACCCAAAUGAAGCAUGCAUUCACGCUCUGAUGAAAGGAGAAGCUUUAGUUGUAUUGUUCAAAAUGUUUGAUACUGAUAAUCGAGAUUUUGUUAAAUUAAUGAGACACACAUUAUAUGAAGAAAUACCUGUAACCAAAGAAGACGUUCCACCAGAAAAACAACUACCGCCAGUACCGGCCUUUGAGAGGUAUGCUACUAUCAGCAAAACUGUAAGAGAAGUCCGUAGAGAGAGAUAUGAAGCUAGAAUGCAGAAAUUACGUGAAGAAAAAGAAGAGCGUGAAAGACUUGCGGCCGAACAAGCGCGUCUCGCUCGAGAAGUUGAAGAAGAAAGACAAAGGCAGGAAAAGCAGAGACAAGAAGAAGAGAGAAUGGCGCGCAUACAAGCAGGGUUACCAGCUGAACCAGAACCUGAAGCCGGUAAAGAAGCAGUUGAAGAAGAAGAAAUAGAAAAAGCUGAGACGGAAGCUACUGAUGAACAAGAAAAAGUAGAAGAAGAACAAGUAGAAGCAGAAGAAGAAUUUCACUCAGAUGUAUCUAUAGAAGACGAAGAAUACAUCCCGCCUGGUGGUCUCCUCGUACCAGGUCUUUAUACACCGCCAAAUGAACUUGCUAAAGCUAAUGGAUUAGCCUACUUUUAUCCUAAGGUGGUGUCAAAAAUAACACAAAUAGAAUCUGAAUAUCUUCCUCCUCAUGUACUUGUGAUGUUCACUAUCGACAAGCGUCAUGAGGUUAAGCAGGUGAUUGAACAAUUUCCAGGUGAAGUGCUUAAUUAUGGAAUUUUCAUUGGUGACGAUCCAAAUACAGCUGAGCAUCUAGCAUAUACUAUAAAGCAAUACAAUAUGAUGUCAAGGACAAGGAGACACAAAGAUCGUCUAGCACUAAUGGUGUCUAGAAAACGGAGCUUGCCGCUUUUGCAACUAGCGGGAUUGAACCCGUGCUACAUCAGCCACGAUGUGACUUGUGGAGAAAGGGACUGUUUGACACUUUUCCCAGUCGGCUACGGUGAUGACUAUGAAGACGAAGAUAGUGUUCAAGAGGAGGAGUUACAGCCCACUGAAGUUGUAGAACAAGUCGAGGAGGAAGAAGACGAGGCAGAUGGCGAAGAU